ACAAAAAAGGCAGGUUACGAAGAAACAAGAUAUUCAACCAUGAAAUCAGUUAUGUUCUUAUCGCUCAUGAUUUUCUUCAGUGUCCUACCCAAGUACAGUCAACAAACAUUUUGGAGACGUCCGAAACCAACAUUGCCAUCAAAUCCAAAUGCACCGGUUUACAAACGUAAGUCUAAAAUUUAGCUGUUAAUUUGUUAUACCUAUUAUAGGUUAGGUAUGGGGGGACGUCGCACAAAUUUUCGCAAACACUGUACAAAAAUUUUUCCGGACAUAUCAUAAUUUUUCCGAAAAUACAAAAUUUUCCGGACAUAUCUUAAUUUUUGCGAAAAUACAAAAAUAUUUUUCCACAGAUAUAGUUAUUUUUCCCAAUUCACUUUCUUAUGCCCUAAGGAUUACCUGAAUUUAUGGUUAUUUACCUAAAAAUCUACUGGGAAUCUACCUGACAUUGCUCAUGAGCAAUUAUUAGGGGAGUGUUGCACCCCCCCCCCCCACACACACAUACACACACGGUCGCUACGGCCUUGCACUCCCGUAUGGUAUAAAGCACUAUACUUAACCGAGGGUCCUGAAGGGGUAAAAUGGGAACUGGGAUUGAUCUACUUUUAGACUGGGAAAAUGGGAUUUGGGUUGCUGGGACUGGGAUUUGGCCACUGGGAAUGGGAAAUGAGUCCUCAAAAAUGGGAAUGGGAUUGAUGUAAUGCGAGUCGAUUCCCAAUUUUUCUGUGUUUUGAGUAUUUUAAAAUACAAUUUUGAUCCGUUUUUGGUGUCUUUGGUCAUGACUUUUGUUUUUAACUAUAUUAUUCACAGCACUACUUGCGAACAGGCAUACUCUGGCACCCGGAAAUCUGGGUUUUCUGAUUAUGCGUGUCUCAGAAUGCUGCAAAUGCCAUUUCCGGGAUUCAAAUUUAAAAAUUUCCCGUGCCUUCGGCACGAGCCCCUCUAAUAUUUCAUAAAGUGGCCGCCACAUGCUUAAAAGGUCUUAAAACUGUUUAUUCUACCGAUAAAUAAAGGGUUUUUUAUUGACUGGGAUUUCAAUAACUGGGACUGGGAUUUCUAAUAAAAAUCCAACUGGGACUGGGAUUUUGCCAAAAUUUCAGGUGGGAAAUGGGAUUGGGACCCCCCUUCAGGACCCUCUUAACCACAUGUGCCCUGUUUCACUUUAAAUAAGCAACAAAAUGCUAGUAUAAGAUUAAAUUUUCUUGUAGUACCCACUGCUUAUAUUUUGUAGAAUUGCAAAACAUCCCUUCUCCACAAAAGACUGCACAGAUGAUUUUAGACAAUUUCGUGCGCUACCAACCGGACAACCAACUAAGACUCGCAAAAAGAUCGCCGCCAAUACAAGAAGAUACGGUUAUUGUUAUGGAUGCAUCUGGGUCAAUUGGUUCGUGUGAGUUUGAGCAAGGAAAAAUAGCUAUGUCCCAAAUGAUGAAAAUGUGCAAGGUGAAAGCCAAGAAAGCAGGGCUUUCCUAUGACUGCCGAUACGCUGGAGUCAGCUUUUCCAACUCGGCAACCUUAGAUUUUAACUUCUCACCUAUCAACCAAGCAAGUAAAAAAAUUAGGACCGUCACUUAUCCUGGUUGGGGUACAAAUACACAUGCAGGAUUGGAAGAAGCAGAGAAAGUAAUCCGAGCAGGUUUGUACCGAGAAAUUCUUUGUACAGAAUUUUGA